CGAGGCUUCUUCCCAGCUCAACUUGUCUCUGCGGUCUUCCUCAAGUCCCUCUGUCCGCCCGUAGCGCAAUCCUGUCUUGUGUGAGGACGUCUCAGCGCUUCUCUUCACGCCAGCCAUGAAGUCCUCUCUGACCUUCGCCACCGCUGCCGCGGUCGUGGCAUACUGCUCCGGCAGCGUCGCGCUCGCCAAGUGCCAUCCGGGCGGCGGCCAUCACUACUCGCCCAACGCGCAGCAGCUGCUCGACGAGUCGAUGGAGUGGAUGGACCGCUACUACGACAGCGAGUUUGGCUACCUGUACGACUUUGGCGGCGCGUCGGCCCUGCGCCACGAGACGCGCAGCUCCGUCUGGUACUCGCUCGGCCUGCUCGCUCGCAACGGCAAGGGCGACGCCGAGGAGGCCGAGAAGAUCCUGUCGCUUGUGGUGGACGCGCAGUACAAGAAUGUGUCGGCGCAAUGGUAUGGCGACUACCAGGUGUACCCUGAGGAGCCGGAAUUGGCGACAGACACUUACCCUGCCGUCAUCUACAACUCCUGGGAUCCCAAUUGGCGUGGCUUUAUUGGCACGGUCAUGGUCAUCAUCCUCGAGGAGUUCAGCGGCCUCCUCAAGAACGAGACUCAGGACCUGCUCGUGGCCUCGCUGUACAACACGACUAUAGGCGACACCUACCGUGUUGGUGGCGUGGACGACGACAACCUCUACCCUGCGUACAGCAACCCGUCCAUCAUGCGCGCCUUUGUCUCUGGCUGGGUCGGCCGCCGCGUCAACGACCAGAACAUGACCGAUGCCGGCGAGAUGUAUGCCCAGGAGAUCAUUGACCUCUUCAGCAUGAGCAACACUCUGUCCGAGUUCAACUCGGGCACUUACACUGGUGUUUCGACCUUUGGCCUCACGCUCUGGGCCAAGUACCUGCCCAAGACCUCCAUCAUGGGCCAGAAGGGCCCCGAGAUGCUCCUCGAGACCUGGAAGGCGGUCGCCAAGCUGUGGCACCCGGAAAUGAAGAACAUGGCCGGCCCCUGGGAUCGCUCGUACGGCUACGACAUGAACCGGUAUCUGAGCAUCAUGGCUCUGUGGUUCUGGACCAUCAUCGGCAAGGAGAACUCCUCUCUGAUCAAGCGGCCCGAGCUCAUGUCCCACUCUGCCGACUUUGCCUUCGCCCCCAUGGUCGUCGUCCUCACCGACUUCCUCGAGAGCUUCCUGCCAAAGGACCUCAAGAAGUCGCUGACCACCUUUGACGUCGAGGAGCGCACCUUUGACGCCCAGGCCUUCUACCCCCCUUACGACACCAUGCCGCGCAACAUCAGCACCUGGCUGAGCCACAACCUCACCAUCGGCGCCGAGUCUUUCAACCAGACCGACCUCGGCGGCCCCGCGCGCUCCCAGGAGGCCUUCAACCCUGUCGUCGCGCAGUGGAAGGUCGGCAGCGAGAUUGCCUUCCUCUCUCUCUACCCCACCGAGAAGGCCCUCCAGGCCAAGGUCUCUCCCGGCAAGGUGUCCAUCAGCUACCCGCGCGGCACGAGCUCGUCCAUCUUCAGCCUGAUGGUGUCGACCUUUAGCACCCAGCGCACCGUCAAGACCCUCGAGGACAUCCAGGGCCUCGACCUGACCGUCACGGGCAACGUGGACCUCGACUACACCCUCACCUUUGCCGGGCAGUACGGCGGCAGCAGCAAGCGGCUCCGCGACUUUGAGCUGUGGAACUUCACCUACGUCAUGCCCGCGGACUUUGUGGGCACGCCCGAGCUGAACCUCGAGUUUGCGCUGUGGUAGUAGGAGUUUUUGAAGAAACUUGAAUGAGGGGCCCGAGAGAUUUAGGUCUGUUCGGAUUCAUGGCGAUGCCACCUAUAGUUAAUCAGAGGAGAGAUGGUGCGCUUCUGGGCCACGACUUGCAUGGCAACCAGAAUGCUCCUUCUCCGUUAAUUCAUCCGCAAGGAUUGAGACUUCACGAAACCUGCACUGGAUCUCUGUGAAGAAUUGCAUCUAAUCUCGAGUGUCUAGUGUCUGAUAAAAUCUGU